GGCGUGUCUGCGUAUGAGGCUAUUGCGCAUGUGCAGCACUUUAUCUCUCCUACCAGCACGUGCACUCAGGACUUUGAUAGCUGUCGCCAUGAACCGCUCAUUUUCUCCAAACCUGGUUCGUCCUAACUUGCCCUUGAGGAAACCAUCUUCGAGCCCCAUGGCUGUUUCUAUCGGGUCGUCUCCUCCGAGACUCAACAGGCCCUGUGCACCACCCGAGUGCCCCGCGUCUGAAGCCAUUGGAGACGGCCCUGUACCUUUACCAGUCAGCAGGGACAAAUCUGCAGUGUUAGGACCCAUGCCACCAGCACUGACUGUAUACUUCUGCAACUACUGUGGUCAGCAAGGAAAUUUUCGAUGCAAACGCUGCAAGAAGAUGCCUUACUGCUCUGUGAUGUGCCAGGCAGAAGACUGGAAGGCACACAGACACAUGUGCAAGUCUGUUGAUCCAGAACCUGCAAAAGAGAAACCAAAGGAAACCACAGUUUCGCCUGUGUCAGGAGACAGAGCUGGCCUAUUGGAGUUGAAGCAUGGUGAUGCCUCCAGCCUGCAGAGGGUCUAUCUGAAAGACUUGCAUAUGACUAAAAUCACUGCAAGAACAGACAUCCAGGCAUCUGUUGUAGAGUUCUACAGUCCUGGCAGGUUUUUUGUCCUUGCCCAAAGCCCUGAGUUGUUGGAAGCUCUGCAGGUCAUCAGCAUAAAUCUUCAGAAAACCUAUAGCUGCCCCUCAGUAACAACAUAUGUACCCUGUGUCGGGGAGGUCUGUGGAGUACAGUUCUCCUGUGAUCUGAACUGGUACCGAGGCCUGGUUCAAACUUUGGCUGCUGACCAGAAGAUGGCUAAAAUCCUUUACAUUGACUUUGGCAAUGAGGAGGAUGUUCCUGUGGAUAGGAUCAGACCUCUAUCUCCUAAUAUCCAGCAGUUUUGUCCAUGUGCAAUGGAGUGCUGUGUUGCUGGGGUUGUGCCAUUGACUGGAAAGUGGUCAGACGAGUGCUGUAUUGUAGUUAGACAACUGUUGGCUGGAAAGACUGUGACUGUUAGGCUGGUGGAAACACUGGAGAACCGUCGCAUCCAUGCUGUGGAUAUCCUGCUUUCCAUGGGUAAACAGUUGAGCACAUUCCUCCUUGAGCAUGGUUAUGCAGCAAAGGAAACUGAUGAUGCAACACCGACUCAGCAAGAAAUAAAUGCCAUGAUGAGUGCAUCCUUGGAAAAUUUCAAGCGUCGUUCCAGUGGGAUGGAUGACAAUGCCUGGGCUCAGCCUCCGGAGCCUCUGACACAGGCAGUGGGUGACUCCUUCUCUGUUGUGGUCACCCACUUCCAGUCACCCAAUGAAAUUAUUGUACAAAAGUUGGAAAAUGCUGGAGUUAUUCAGGAGUUGCAGUUGAACCUGAGGGAACACUGCUGUCAAGUCUCAGCACCCCAGAACUUCAGACCAGCCCCCGGCACUGUUUGCUGUGCCCAGUUCUCAGAGGACAAGCAGUGGUACAGGGCCAAAGUUCUGGCUUAUCCAUCAGAGGAACGCGUCUGUGUUGGCUAUCUUGAUUUUGGCAACUCUGAGGAGGUGGAUUUAGGUCACUUGAGGCCUAUCAGCACCUCAUUACUGGCCCUGCCAAUGCAGGCUAUGCCCUGUGGUCUCGCAGGGGUGCAGCCUGUCGGGGAGAGAUGGUCAGAGGACUGUCUGUCGGCCCUGCAGCGAAGAGUCUCCAACAGAAUACUGCACAUUGAGAUCCAGGGAGCUCAUGAGGGCAAGGCCUUGGUGGCCAUGAUUGAUGAGGUCAGCGAUCCUCAGGCCAACGUAGCCGAGCUGCUGAUCUCUGCUGGUUACGCAGCGCCUGCUCCCAUUACCACCACAAAUGACCAGCAGGCUGACCAGACAAUAACAACUACUGCUGCUGAACCACAUGCCUGUGAGCCUGUGGUGUGGUCUUUUCUUGAGAUUCCCUGUGACGGCCAGACAGUGGCACUGCUAACCAGCGUCGUGGAGAACCCCGGAGAGUUUUACUGCCGCAUUGACAAUCCUACAGACCAUCAGCGGCUGCUAGAACUUGGGGCUGAGCUGAAGCAGCAUUGUGAGGCAGAUAACUCAUCUUUUGAGCCCAAAGUGGGAGAGCCCUGUUGUGCCAUGUUUCCUGGUGAUGGAACGUGGUAUCGGGCAAUGGUGAAGGAGCGGUCUGAGAACCAAGUGUCUGUGAACUUUGUGGACUAUGGUUAUAGCAUGAAAGUUGAAAAGCACCACAUUAGAUCCAUUAAACCCCAACUCCUGACUCUACCCUUCCAGGCAAUUCGAUGCUGGCUCUCAGGUGUGGAGCCCCUGGGUUCAGAGUGGAGUAGUGAAGCCCUGCUCUGGUUCCAGACUCUGGUGGAUGGCGAACAUCUCGCUGCGCGUGUCCUUUCUGUCACUGAGCAGGGCUAUGGUGUGGAGCUAGAGAGCAGAGGACAGAAUGUGGCAGCUGCCCUAAUUUCUGAGCAACUUGCCAAAGUUCCUGGAGAGGUUCCCAAAGAGACCCAUGCAACUACAGCCUCCACUGGAGCCAAAUCCCAAGAGAGUGCAAAAGAAAAUGAGCACAGCCAAAUACAAGCACAAGUCUCCAGUGAGACUGGAGCCAUUUCCAAAGAGAAACCACUUGAAGGGCAGACUGCAGUGCCAUCAGAGGGUCAGCUAGAGUUCCCAUCUUUCCCAGUGGACUGGAAGACAGUGGAGCUGCCUCUCAGUGAGACCUUUAAGCCGUUCAUCGCAGCAGUCAUUAGUCCUUCCCUCUUCUACCUGCUGAGUCUCAGCCAGGUAGACAAGCAGAAGCUUCAGGAACUGAUGGUGGAGGUGGCUUCCUACUGCAGCAACAACCAGACCUCUGCUGUCCUGAGCAGACCAGCUCCUGGUGCUGCCUGCUGUGCCCAGUUCUCUGCUGACAAUAACUGGUACCGUGCAGUGGUCCUAGAAGUCAAUGAGAAUGAGCUGAAUGUAAUCUACGCAGAUUUUGGCAACACUGAAAAGGUGCCAUUCUCCCGAAUUAUGCCCAUCUCCAGGCACCUGCUGCAGAUUCCCUUUCAGAUCACUCGCUGCACCCUUACUGGUAAAGAGCACUUUCCCACAGAAUGGCCAGCAGAAGUGCAGCAGAUGUUUAAAACCAUCCUCAUGAAUGGUGUCCUGGCCACUGUCCAGUCCUUUGAUGGCUCUGCUAACGUGCUCUCGCUCACUCUGCCCACCGAGAGGGGCGGGGGGCAACUCACUGCCAUGAUAGUGGAUGCACUACAGGUCCAGGCCAAGAGUAAUCCUUGUCCAGCCACCACCCAGAGGGGUGACCAGACUGACAGUAGCACACCUACUGCCAGCACUACAUCUACACCUGACUGCCCCCAGCCCAAGUCAGAUCCAGAAACCCAAAAGGGGCUGGAACAUACAACAGCUACUACUGGCCUAACCAUCACUCCAGAGCCAACACCCUGGACUCCCCCACAGAAAAAAAACACAAACACAUCUGCAGUGUCAGUCAGUGGAGAUCCAGUACAGAAAAUUGUUGAGCAAAUCGAGCCACCGUGCGAAAUUAAUACAGAAACCAAUGAUCCUCAGACCUCUGGCUGCUGCUGUCUGAGCCUGAAGACAAAGAUUGAUCAACUGGAACAGCUGAUGCAGCUGCAGCUUUCUCUCAUCAAGCAGUUAGUUGGACAGACAAAAUAAGAUUAAUCACAUGUGUAACUUUAUAGUCCUGUUUGCCAACUCCUCAAAAUCAAGAUUGUGUUUUCAUCAUUGCAUAAGUUACCCUCCAAAUUUUAAUUUUGCAUCCUUUAAUUCAAUGUCUGUGCACUUGUUUUUAACCUGCACUUAAAUUCCAGUGACUUUUUUUUAGUUUUUAGGUUUUAGUAUUUUUGGAGGUUUCCUGAAAUCUGCUUAAAAGUUGGCAGAAAUAUCAGCAACAAUAGAUGUUGAACCUCAAUUUUCCAACCAAGCAGUUGUCUCCUGUGAGUGUGCUGUGGCUCAUGCUGUGCUGCCAUCUGUUCUUUUGUUCAG